AUGAAGAAACAUCUCUAUUUCUCAUUGGUUGUCCUCCUCCCCUUUCAAAUUAUUCCAUAUUGCAGCACGAACAGGGUAGGGGCUAUUGAUGCUGAUACAGAUACAGAUACUCUCGCACUUCUAUCUUUCAAGUCCAUAGUCUCUGACUCCCAAAAUGUUCUUUCUGGGUGGAGCCUGAAUUCAUCUCACUGCACUUGGUUUGGCGUCACUUGUGCCAACAACGGAACUAGAGUUCUGUCACUUCGUCUUGCUGGUUAUGGGCUCUCUGGUAUGAUACACCCUCGACUCUCUAACCUCACUUCCCUCCAAUUGCUAGAUCUUUCCAACAAUUCAUUUUAUGGCCAACUUCAACUGGAUUUUAGCCAUCUGUCACUCCUUCAGAAUAUUAACCUUGCAAGAAACUCCAUUAAUGGUAGAAUUCCAGUUGGUCUUUCUCAUUGUUAUAACCUUGAGGAGAUUUAUUUUGAGCACAACCAACUUAUUGGGAACCUUCCAUCUGAACUUGGAGAUCUGCCGAGACUCAGAAUUCUUGACGUUGCAGCGAAUAACCUUACAGGUGUAAUCGCUCCAAAAUUUGGAAACCUCACCUCUCUUACUGUUCUCAGCCUAGCAAGAAACCAAUUCUUCGCCAAAAUCCCAAAUGAGCUGGGUCAUCUCCAUAAUCUUCAAAGACUUCAGCUCUCAGAGAAUCAGUUUGAGGGAAAGAUCCCUUAUUCCAUCUACAACAUCUCUUCUUUGAUCUACUUAUCUGUAGCAGAAAAUAUGCUUGUUGGAGAACUACCAACUGAUAUGGGCCUUGCACUUCCAAACCUGGCAGAAGUCUACCUAGCACAUAACCAGCUGGAAGGGCCAAUUCCCAGUUCUUUCUCUAAUGCUUCACAAAUUCAAGUCCUAGACUUUUCUUCAAACCACUUUCAAGGGCCAGUUCCUCUACUUGGUAACAUGAAUAAUCUUAGACUCCUACAUCUUGGCCUGAAUAAUCUCUCUUCCACCACCAAGCUUAAUCUUCAGGUAUUUAAUUCACUAGCAAACUCUACACAGUUGGAGUUUCUAUAUCUUAAUGAUAACCAGCUAGCUGGUGAACUUCCAACUUCAGUUGCGAAUCUUUCUACUCAUCUCCUUGAAUUUUGCAUUGGCAGCAAUUUUCUGACUGGUAGAAUUCCCCAAGGAUUUGAAAGAUUUCAAAAUCUCUGGGCCUUGGACAUACACCAAAAUCUUUUCACAGGUAUGAUACCAAAUUCCCUAGGAAAACUUCAGCAACUACAGAGAUUAUUGGUUGAUAAUAAUAUGUUAUCCGGAGAAAUUCCAGAUAACUUUGGCAAUCUUACACGACUCUUUUUGCUGACAAUGGGGUACAACCAGUUCUCUGGUAGAAUCCCCACAAGUAUUGGAGAGUGCAAGAAUUUAAAGAGACUGGGUCUAAGACAGAACAGGGUCAAUGGUAGCAUACCCAAGGAGAUUUUCAGACUUCUUGAUAUAAUCGAGAUAUAUUUGGCGCAUAAUGAACUAAGUGGUUCUCUGCCCGCCCUAGUUGAAAGUUUGGAACACCUUGAGGUCCUGGAUGCUUCUAAUAACCAGCUGGGCCAUACCAGUGUCGAUGGGUAA